AUGUCUUUUGAACGUAAGGAAUGUAGGAAAGCAUUUAGUAAGACCUCAUCCCGCAGUAUACAUAUAAAGACUCAUGGUGGAGAGAGGCCUUAUGAAUGUAAGGAAUGUGGGAAAGCUUUUAGGUACCCCUCAUCCCUCUCUAGACAUACAAGGACUCACAGUGGAGAGAGACCUUAUGAAUGUGAAGAAUGUGGGAAAGCCUUUAGGUACCUCUCAGACCUCACUAUACAUACAAAGAUGCACAGUGAAGAGAGACCUUAUGAAUGUAAGGAAUGUGGGAAAGCCUUUAGGUACCUCUCAGACCUCACUAUACAUACAAGGACUCACAGUGAGGAGAGACCUUAUGAAUGUAAGGAAUGUGGGAAAGUCUUUAGGUACCCCUCAUCCCUCACUAGACAUACAAAGAUUCACAGUGGAGAGAGACCUUAUGAAUGUAAAGAAUGUGGGAAAGCCUUUAGGUACUUCUCAGACCUCACUAUACAUACAAGAAUUCACAGUGGAGAGAGACCUUAUGAAUGUAAGGAAUGUGGGAAAGCCUUGAGGUACCUCUCAGACCUCACUAUACAUACAAGGACUCACAGUGGAGAGAGACCUUACGAAUGUAAGGAAUGUGGGAAAGCUUUUAUAUGUUCUUCACACCUUACUGAACAUAAAAGAAUUCACAGUGGAGAGAGACCUUAUGAAUGUAAGGAAUGUGGGAAAGCCUUUAGGAAUCUCUCAACCCUUACUAGACAUACAAGGACACACAGUGGAGAGAGACCUUAUGAAUGUAAAGAAUGUGGGAAAGCCUUUAGAUGCCUCACAACCCUCACUAGACACACAAGGACACACAGUGGAGAGAGACUUUAUGAAUCUAAGGAAUGUGGGAGAGCCUUUAGGCAGCUCUCAGACCUCACUACACACUUAAGAACUCACAGUGGAGAGAAGUCUUAUGAAUGUGAGGAAUGUGGGAAAGCCUUUACACAGCUCUCGUCAUCACAUACAAGGAUUCACAAUGGAGAGAAACUUUAUGAAUACAAGGAAUGUGGAGAAGCCUUAGCUCAGCGUUUAUACCUUACAAGACAUAGAAGAACUCACACUGAAGAGAGACCUUAUGAAACGAAGUACUGUGGGAAUGUCUUUAAUCAGGCUUCAUUCCUCUAA